CAAGCCCCUCCCGGAAGUGCCGGCGGAGCGUGUGCAUGGCGCGCGUGUCCUGUGUCUCAGAAGCUGGCUCCGCCGCGGCCGCGCUCUUCGGCUGGGGUGCAAACAGCUACGGGCAGCUUGGCCUUGGCCACAAGGAAGAUGUGCUUCUUCCCCAGCAACUGAGCAGCUUCUGUGAGCCCGGAUGCAUCAGGAGUGUCACAGGAGGUGGGGGCCAUUCUGCAGCUGUCACAGAUAGAGGAGGACUCUUUGUUUGUGGCCUGAAUAAAGAUGGGCAGUUGGGGCUCGGCCACACAGAAGAUGUUCUGUGUUUUACCAUCUGCAAGUCUCUCCUUGGUUGUCCAAUCAGACAGGUGGCCUGUGGCUGGGAUUUUACCAUUAUGCUCACAGAAAUAGGUCAAGUUCUGUCAUGUGGAUCCAAUGCCUUUGGCCAGUUAGGUGUGCCGCACGGCCCUCGCAGAUGUAUGGUUCCACAGACCAUUGAGCUCCUGAGAGAGAAGGUUGUUUGUGUCGCUGCUGGACUGAGGCAUGCGUUAGCCACUACAGUGAGUGGCAGCGUGUUCCAGUGGGGGACUGGCUUGGCAUCUUCUGGACAACGCUUGUGUCCUGGGCAGACUCUGCCAUUGUUUUUGACAGCAAAGGAACCAAGCAGAGUGACAGAUACAGGAGAACUGUAUGUCUGGGGCCGGAACAAGCAUGGACAACUGGCUUCCCUGGCUGCAUUCCUUCUUCUGCCCCAGAGAAUAGCUGCACGUUGCUUUCAGAAUGAAAAGCUCACUGCUGUCUGGAGUGGCUGGACACACCUGGUUGCUCAGACAGAAACUGGCAAGGUGUUUACCUGGGGUCGAGCAGACUAUGGUCAGCUAGGGCGGAAGUUGGAGUCUCCUGAUGGCCAGAAACCCCACAAACUAGAUUCAUCGCUUGCCUUUUGGAGGCAGCAAAGCAGUGUGCCUUUGUCUCUGCAUUGCCUGACAGGAGCAGCCAAGAUUUCUUGUGGCUCAGAACACAAUUUGGCAAUAAUUGGUGACAAGUGUUGUGCCUGGGGCUGGAACGAACAUGGCAUGUGUGGGGAUGGCACUGAGUCCAAUGUCUGGACACCAUCUCCAGUGCAGACUCUCCAGUCAGCGAGACUCCUCCUCGUGGGCUGUGGGGCUGGCCACUCCUUGGCCUUAUGUCAGCUGCCAGCACACCUUGUGCCAUGCCAGGAUCUCAAGGUCACCUACCCACUCCACACUGCCACAGAGAACACUGAAUCUCAGGAUGCCAUGGACAAAGAGAAACUGUAAGGAUAGAUGAUCGGGAACUUUAACCCAGAGCAGUUCUGACCAGAUGAGCCACGAAUGCCCAUGAAAGAGCACCUUUUUAAUAAAGCGACCGAUCCCAACGAAGAUCCCUGGAGAACCUUCCCGUCAGUCAGCAAAUGAGGAAGGGAUCCUCACUAAAGGACAUGCAAAGUGAAAACAUCAGCAAGGAAGGCUCCAGCCCCUGAGUGAUCUCAGCCCAGCUCCAUGGCUGUGCUCUGGUCCAGCGGCCUUUGGUCAGAAGACGGGGCUUCUAGGAUAUGUUUAGAGCAGCGUACUAUCCCUUCUAACUUGGGGGCUUAUUUUCUGUCCAGAGUCUAUUGCUUCUGGUACCAGGUACUGUGCCUGGAGACUCUGAAAGGAAGGCGCUCACAUCUUCACGACCAGGGCCCCAGCAAAGGCUUAGGGUCAGGUAGGGAGAAUGAAAUGGGGGAAGUGGAGAGUAUGCAAGGCUUCUGGGAACACCCAGCAGAGAAAAUCCCAAGUGCAGACAGGGUGUCUGGAGCCAGGGAAACUCUCAGAAGAUGGAUAAGUCUUCCUCCAACCAGGCAGGAUUCUGGGGCUGCUGUAGCAGGUGAGCUGUUAAGUCUCUGAGUUGGGAUGCCUGGACUCUACUGGACAUUAAAGCUGAGGGACCUUCCAUCAACAUGUAGUUGAGAGGCCUCUAAACUACAUCCUGCAGAGUCUGGCAUGGUGGCACAUGCCUUUAAUGCCAGAGCUAGGUGCAUCUCCAUGAGUUUAAAGCCAGCCUGGUGUACAUAGCGUGUUACAGAGUGAGACCUGUUCUGAGCCUUGGGCAUCUCCUUGUAGACAGAGUACCACCUCCAGGUUCCUCUAGGCAGUGUUAAUUUUGUCUUUACAUUAUGUAUUGUGAGCUGCAUAAGAUUGUAUUUGAUAAGUGGGUCCUUAAGAAAUUGAAGAAAUUGCUGAUCUUAUUCAACCAUUCUUGUUUUUCAUCAGGAGAAAAUAGUGGCUAUAAAAAGGGGGAAGGGUCAUCUCAAGGUCACGCACCUCCCUGAUGGUUCAGGGUGACCCAACCAUAGCCCUGAGCUAGGCAACAGUGGAUAGGAAGUAGCUAAAUGACUAGAAGUGGGUUCUUCUCAGAAAACAUGGAUGAAGUCAGUUCAGACUCCACAGGCCUGAGCCUAGGCACUGCUUGCAGCUACAGUCUGACCUGCAACCCAGUGAUUUGAGUCUUGCUCCCGACUUUUGGCCCAAGAACUAUGCCCUGUUCCAUACAACCCCACCUCCCAGGCCCAGAGGCCUGUUGCAGCAUAUGUACUCUGAUAUGCUCAAGCCCACAAAAAUGGAGCCAUCACCCAGGGGUAAGCCAUACUGGAGCAAGCUCAAGGUUACUGUCUUCUAAGCUAAAUAGUUGGCAAAAACCAGGCCAGAAAACAUUCCCCUGUGACCCAUACUGCCUCCAGUUUCCAGUCACAAGAAACAACACCGUCUUGCCCAGAAGCCCACAAGGCAGAGCUCCCUCCUAUCUCUUUCAGCACUGCUGGAAAAGCUCAGCACCCUGCGCUUCUGCUGCUGGAACCUAGUACCUUAUUUGCAGGAGGCAGAAGCAUCUUUGCGUCUUGCAUAGGAUCAGCAUAUGAGCCCUAAGUCCUUUGAUCCCUAACCUCAGAUGCUGACAAGUGUGUCAGAGCCUUCUGGCUGCAGGCCCAUGCAGGAAGGAGUGGCUCCAUGGCCCAUCACCUCACCUCCACUCCCGUCCUGCACUUCCUGAUGGCCGCGUGGCCAGAGGCCCUUCUUAUUUCACUGCCUGUCUCCAGUGAGGGAAAGCACCUAUCAGAGAUGAAGAAGGACGUGUCUAGAUUUCCCCCCUGCAUCCUUUGGUGGCUAUUUGUCUUUCUAAGACUUUGUCCAAGUUCCCUUUCCAGGCAGUCCAUGAGGGAGCCAGCUCCUAGUCAGUUUAGAACUUAGCAAACUGUAAACGAAUGAUCUUCUCAGUGUCCCUGUGGGUCACCAUGGAGUGAGGAGGCUAACUGAGCAAGCUCUGAGAUCCCACCCUUAUCCGCCCUCCACUUUAUUACUCUGUUUACAGCUCUCUGAGAAACAGUCUCCAGGUCCCAUAGCCAUUUGAUAGUUCCACUUCACCUGCCAUGUUAGACCCAUUAGGGGCAUAGGAGCUUAUUUGAAUAAGAGCUCAUUUAAAAAAAUACAUUUUCCUGAUUGAAUAAAUAAAUUUGCCUUCAUUUCCUACCUUUGCUCCUCAUGAGAAGAACGACCCCAUUGUGCACUUCCAGGCCUUUGAGCAGGCCCUGGAGUAAGUGGUGAAGACCCAGUAUGCAACAGCUUUGCCUUCCUACUUCCCACACCCACUCUUCCCUCUGGUCAUGGAUAUCCACCUUCCCUUGACAUAUCUGCCAUCUUUGGCCAUACUGGGUCCUCACAUGCCUGCCAAGUCCAUUAAAAUAACUUCAGAUGGUGGGUUGGCUAGUCUUAUGUCAAUUUGACACAGGCUAGAGUCACCUGAGAGGAGGGAACCUCAGCUGAGAAAAUGUCUCCAUAAGAUUGAGUUUCAGGAAAGCCCGCAGGAUAUUUUCUUAAUUAGUGACUGAUGAGGGAGGGCCCAGUGCAUUAUGGGUAGGACCACCUCUGGACUGGUGGGCCUGGGUUCUAUCAGGAAGGAGGCUAUGCAAGCCAUGAAGAACAAGCCAGUAAGCAGCACCCCUCCUCGGCCUCUGAAUCAGCUCCUGCAUCCAGGAUCCUGCCCUGUUUGAGUUCCUGCUCUGAUUUCCUCCAAAGAUAGACUAUGGUAUGGAAGUGUGAGCUGAAUUAAAAACCCUUUCCUCCCCGACUUGCUUUUGGUCAUAGUGCUUUAUCAUAGCAAUAGAAACCUUAACUGAGAUGGGUGGCACGUCCUUGGGGACACUCUGGAUGAAGUGACGCUGUGGGAGGUAGUGUGGAGGAGCUGCAGGUCAUGUCAGACUGCUGAGUAUGGCUGCUGCAAGUCCAGAGCUGCCUCACUGCAGCACAGGGUCGGCAGAGGCGAGGGCAGGUGGGGGAGGGGGGCUGCUGGCCUAGAAAACCAGCUGAGGGAGGCAGUGUGAGCAGCAUCCAUUAGGGUAGCAGGGUGUUUCGGCAGGAGUGAGCUGGCCAGCUGUGGAUCAGGAGAGAUCUUGCUCAGAACAUGAAGUGGCCCCUUCUGUCACACCUAUGGCAUUCCAUGAAGGAGGGCAGGAGGCCAGAUCCAAAGAGUCCUAGAUUCAGAACCCAUAACUUCAGUAUUUCACCAUCAAGGACCAGCCCCACAAAGUCCUUAGCUCGAAACAGCGCAACCUGAGCUCUGGAGGCAAACCACCCAGGUUAUGAUCCUGACUUCACCUUAGCUGGGAUGUGUGGCUUUGGGGCAGUUGUUUUCCCUGUCUGCACUUUGUUAUCUCGGCUAUAAUCUGGGGUGAUUAGGCUGCUCUGAGCUGGUGUUAGGCAAUGUUUUUGAGAUGCCCACAUAGUAGAUCCCCUCUAGCUGUGGUGUCCCUAGGCUUAUAUUGCAGAUGACUGUGUUAUUCAGCAAAGCCCCAUCUUCCUAGCAGAUCUCUGACUCAUGUCGACACUGGUCUUACGCUGCUUCGCUGGGGUAUCCUGAGACUUGGCUAUGAGAUGCCUGGGCCUCUAGAGGCUCCAUCAACCCCACCCCCUGGGUUCUUGCACUGGGUACCAGGAAAUUGAGACAAGCUCUUAGAGAGGUGAGAAGCUAGUGGGUAAAACCCAUCCAUGGGCUCACAGACUCUGGCUGUGCUGGGAGGUGACAUCUUUAUGCUGAUGGCCCUGGGCAGCUUGCUGCCUUCUCUGGCCUUGUCUCCUCAUCUUCAGAUGCUCAGGGGCUGACUGUAUAACCUCUGGGGUCUCUUUCCAUAUGAGCAUUCUAGAAUUCUAGCGGAUGAGGAAGAAUCAGAUCUUCCAUUCCACCCCACACCCAAACCUGCAAGUGAGUUUCCCCAGAGCAGAUCAUACUUUUUCCAAUGUGUGUCCAGGCUGAGAGGAGUAUUCAAUGAGGUAGUCUCUAGACCAGGCUCUGCAAGUUGGCCAGGGCACCCAGACCUGACAGACCCAACGUAGUCCUAGCAGGGAGUUGCUCAAGGUUGCACAGGGCAACUAGAUGCUCCGGCAAGGCUAAUGCAAGGAUCCACAAGAUGAGUCAUAAAACCAUCCAGGUGACCCCCACAAAGGGUGUGCUUUUGUCCCUUAGCCCAGCAGUAUCUGCAGCCCUACCCUGCAAGGAACAGCAUCCUCAAAGCCCAGUGACACCUCAGCUUAAAUGUCUACAGUAGUAGUCGGGCCCAUGAUUGGCUCAGUCGUACCAGAACAGAAUGGAGAUCUGCCUGAAGGCAAUAAAAACUCAAGUCAGUGCUUCAUCUCAGAAGUCAGCUUUUUAUUUCCAGGGCCAGGGCCCAGGGAGGGGAGGUUGCUGUCUUUCCAGGAAAUGUUGCAGUGGAAACUCGAGAUGUUGCAUUUUUUUUCAACUUGAGCAUGUGUUUUUCAAAAAUAUCAUCCUUUCCCCCACACACACUAAUUUUAGAAUCAGACCAAAGCCAAGCUACUGUCCUCUGUUUCUGUUGGGAAAAUACUAUAUUUAUUCGAGAUGCAGAAGCGCGUCUCUGCAAACCUCCGAUUGCUUCAGAAAAACAAAUCUGCUUUAGACUAGACAGAAACCAUGUUACAAAAUUUAUUUCAUGCUCGAAUCUCUUUGCAUAACAUUGGGCAUGCAGUUUUUGCUUUUUAUGCUGAAGUACUAAAUUGCAUACAAUGCCAGGUUAUGCCUUAGUAAAGGUGGAGGGGAGGCGCCCCUCAGGUGGUCCUGAACUGGAGGUACUCUACAUCCUGGCUUUAAAAUGACAUUGGAAAAUCCAUAUGGUGUAACUAUGAACAAUUCAUUAUGAAACUCGGUCACACUGGAUCUACACAGCGAGAUGAGAAUCAGCCUAAACUAGCCGCUUGCCGGGGUCUUGGGAGGCGUCCGCUGGCUCACAAGCAUGCCAGAGAUGGAGGGGAGCAGCAGUGUGAGUCCCCACAGUUCUAUUCGGAGCAAAGUUCUCUGUUUUCCGCGUGAGAGAUGAGCUACGAAGGUGAGGUCAAUGUGACCAAUGACUGACUACCUUUCUGAAACCUUUCCUCUGGGUCUUGUGUACAAAAAGCAAUCCAUUCCCCGGCCCCAUCCUUCUUCCCUGGCCCCCUACUCCCAGAAAUGUACAGAUUUCUACCGAGUGCCAUUACAGUUUGGCUCCGACGCCGUGUGUCAAAAU